AUGGCAUUGGACAACCUGAAAUUAUUAACAUCUAACUCAUUAUCAUCCAACAUACGAUUAUCCAACUCAUCAUCAUCCAACAUACCAUCAUAUUACUCAUCAUCAUCCAACAUACCAUCAUCUAACUCAUCAUCCUCCAACAAAACAUCAUCUAGCUCAUCAUCAUCCAACAUACGAUCAUUUUACUCAUCAUCAUACAACAUACGAUCAUCUAACUCAUCAUCAUCCAACAUACCAUCAUCUAACUCAUCAUCAUCCAACAUACCAUCAUCUAACUCAUCAUCAUCCAACAUACCAUCAUCUAACUCAUCAUCAUCCAACAUACGAUUAUCUUACAACAUUCCAUCAUCUAACUCAUCAUCAUCCAACAUACCAUCAUCUAACUCAUCAUCAUCCAACAUACCAUCAUCUUACUCAUUAUCAUCCAACAAA